ACACACACACACACACACGGACGCACGCGCACGCACGCGCACAUAGCAUGGCCCCGCCCGGCAUGACCCCCGACGGCCGCGCUGGCCCGGGGAAUGAUGGCCCGCGGCUUUCCGGCGCGGACUUCCUGGCGUCCAUCCGCACCAACGGCGUGCUCGACCAGCUGGUGGCCGCGGCCACCGAGGAGCUCACGGCCUCGGGGACCCUCGCCAACAUGGACCAGACCAUCCACCGGAGCAUGGUGGAGUACGCCGCCGGGCAUGACCACUCGAGGGCCGGGCCCAUGCGCGUCGGCGACCUGGUCAAGCAUGUCCAGGCCCACAAUCCCGAUCUGCGCGAUCUGCCCAAACGCAUCGCCGACAUGGUCCGCGACAAUCCCCGGCUCAUGGCCAUGAUCAGUGCGGAGCUCGAGCGCCUGGCAGCCGCGGGCGGCUCCUAGAAGCAGCUCCCACCCAGCGGCUCGCCCCGCCCCGCGGAAUAAUAUAGACACACGCAACAUGCAUGCGCCCG